UCAUCGCCAGUCGCAAUUCAGAUCACUUUCAAUUUGAUCAGAAUAAGUUCAUUGUGUUCAAAUAACCCAUCAAAUCAUGUGUCCUUUGGAUAUGGGAACAGAAUCAGUUGAAGUGAUGGAAGCCGAACGUAUCAUCAUCCCAGUAAAUGAUCUGGCGAUAAUGUUGACUAAUACAACCGGUCAACAUUCCCUCAUAGUUUACAAUAGGGAGUUACAUCAGGUGCGACUAGAGAAGAUUGAGGAUGCACCACCCCCACCGCAUCAGAUUGAGAUUAUCAUGCAGUCUCCGGCAACUGAAGGACAAGCGGUUAAUUCUGAUGUCCGGGAUCCUAACCUUACGACAUCUGAAAGGAUGUCUGCCGAAGCAGACAUCAAGAAUUUCACGUCCGUCGUUGAAGAAUUAAUAUCCAGACUCGACUCUAUCGUCGACCCGUCUGGACGCUCCAAUGCGGAUUCCAAUUUUUUUUCGUACUUAUAAUUACGAUUUUGUUGCAAAGCAUGCUUAUUUUUUUUAGGAUACUCUCUUUCUAACAACGUGUGUAAAACAACUGUCUUCAGCGCCGAAUGAGAUGCUGACGGUUCAGCCUCUGACCUCGUCAGUUGUGUCUGAAGCAAUAAAGGAGGCACAGGAAGCCGCAGUCCAAGCAGCAGUCCAAGCAUCCCCCCCCCCACAAACGCCCCCGCCAGUAAACGAACGAAAAAUAAAAAAAGUAGUAAUUUAGUAGUGAUUUUAUCGAAAUGAGUCAUUUGUAGAGUUCAUAUAUACAUGUAGAAUUUAGUAGUGAUUUUAGUAGUGAUUUCUAAUCAUUUUAAGUUGAUGAUUGAAAAUAAAAACAAAUGAUUUGAUGGAAAU